AUGCAAGCAGGCGGACAAAGUAUUCUUGAUAGAAUUUUAGCUGCAAAAAAUACAAUAGCUGGACAAGCUAUAGCUAAAGUUGUAUGUAAAGCAACAACAGAAGAAGUAACGGGACCUAAACGAAAGCAUGUAGAUUUUCUUUUACAAAUGACACAUCAAACUAACGCUUCGAUUCCUGAUAUUGCUGAUAUUUUAAUGGAACGUUCACAGAACACUUCAUGGGUCGUUGCAUUUAAAUCGCUAAUUACAAUUCAUCAGUUAAUGGCAUUCGGAAGUGAACGUUUUGAAUCUUAUAUGGCAUCACAUAAUUAUCAUUUACAAGCAUCUGGCAUUGCUGAUCGUAUAGGAAUGCCCGGUACUGAUAUGUUCAUCUAUAUUGGUCGAUAUGCUGAUUAUUUAAAUGAAAAACGUGAAGCUUAUAAAAUAAUGGGAUACGAUUUUUGUAAAAUAGAACGAGGGAAAGAUGAUGGAACCCUUCGAAUAAUGCCUUUAGACAAGCUAUUUAAAACUUUACCGAUUAUUCUAAAACAAAUCGAUGCUAUACUUCGUUUUGAUGUUACACCUAAUGAACUGGCGAAUGGCAUUAUAUAUAGUUGUUUUUUUCUUCUUUUCAAAGACUUACUCUAUCUCUGUGCUGUUUAUAAUGAUGGAAUAAUUAAUUUACUCGAAAAAUAUUUCAACAUGAAUAAAAAACAAUGUCGUGAAGCAGUUGAUAUGUACAAAAAAUUUCUCGAUCGAACCGACCAAGUAACUCAAUAUUUCAAAAUCACAGAACGUUAUGAACAAUUAUUUGAUCGAUAUUUUUGGGAGCCGCCACUUGGCGUCGAUCGCAGUGAAAUUAGCGAUUUAAUCAAGGGAGUCGAAAAAAAUAAAGCUCCAGUUAAUCUUUUAGAAUCAUUGGAAAAUUAUGUAGCUAGUUUAGAAGGCAAAAAGAUUCCUACACAUUCAGUGGUCACAAAAAAUCAAAUAGAAAAAGAUACGAGGAACUUCGCCGUUGGUUUUCUUGAUAAUUUUACUGAUGAUUCACAAAAAGUUCUUCAAGAAGAAGCGAAAGCAUUAGACAAAUUUAAUACAAAAAAAGAAGCGUCGCCACCACUACCUGCUCCUAUUGAAACAACAGUGACAUCAAAUGAAAAUAUCUUUGAUAGCACCGAUUUCUUUUCUCAACAGCCAUCAUCAAAUAAUCAACCACAACAGCAAACAGUAGCUGAUGAUAUAUUUUCAUUGGCUACACCAUUACCUCAAACAAACACAACUACAUAUCCUCUGUUUCAAAAUGUUCUUAAUACAUCUAUAUUGCAACCGAAUGUUUUGUGUGAUGUUCUUGAGCCGACUUCCCUGUCAACAAUUAAAAGCACUAAUUCAACACCAUUAGUAAUAAAUCAUAUGAUUACUCCAUUAGUUACUAAGCCACUUCAAACAGGUGACUUGAAUUUAUCACUCAAUCAAUUAAUAGAUCAUCUGGAUAUAAAUGAUCAUACUAGAAUUGGGAAAGAUCAUUUGUGGACGGCAGAUGAUGUGAAAAGUCGACAAAUACUUAGUUCGAUUCCAGCAAAGACGAAUUCACCCGGAGCACCAAUGGCACAUUCUACUACAACGAAUACACCUUUUAGUAGUAUGACUGCUCAAUCGGGCGCCAUGUGGCAACAACCAUCAUCUACAUCUUCAGCGAAUAAUCCUUUCGCUGCACCCAGUGGGCCAUUGCACAUGGGUUUCACUGGUAUGAACACUAAUCCAACGAAUGUUAAUACAAAUCCAUUUUCAGGUCAACCAUUCCACAAUGCUGCACUGGUUAACCAGGAACAGAUCAAUAAUCCGUUUGGUAAUCUUUAA